AUGGUUGAUUUUAAGGCAGCACUAACUAACUUCUCCGCAAGGGGAACAUCCCAUGUUGAAUCAGAAUCUUUUGAUAGUGUUGUCCAAAUUACAGGUGAUAGCAUAAAUAAAGAAGAUGAUUACCUCAUUACAGUAGACCCACUACCAGACAAUGCAGUCACACCAGAAGAAAAGAAAAACCCUUUGGGAUAUUCAGUGGGCCCAUUAAGUGUUGUCAUUUUAAUUCUCCAAGGGGUGGUGGGUACAGGUAUCUUUUCCACGCCUGGUUCUAUCUUAAAGUCCAUGGGGUCUAUUGGUUCAACAUACGUGCUAUGGAUUUGCUGUUUUUUUUUACCUCUUUUCAGUGUGUAUUUAUACAUUGAAUUUGCAGGCUAUUUUCCAAAACGGAAUGGUGGUGAUGUUGCCUACUUGGAACAAGCCUAUCCUACACCCAAGUUUUUGAUUCCAACUGUGUUUGCUGCUGUUUCUAUUGUCCUUUCAUUUACCACCUCUUCUGCUCUAGCUUUCGGACAGUACAUACUUGAUGCUGCAGAAGUAGAAAAGACCGCCUGGAACUAUAAAGGCAUUGCCAUUGCUGCCUUGACAAGUUCUUGUCUUUUUGUUGCGUUCAGUACGAAGCUAUCAUUAAAGCUACAAAACGUAUUAGGUUUUGUCAAAAUUGUGUUCAUGCUAUUUAUGAUUAUCCUAGGAUGGGUUGUUCUAGGAGGGCAUACCCAUGUCUCAGAUCCACAUGCAAGUUUCAAAAAUGUUUGGGAAGGGACAACAACAAACGGUAAUGAUAUUGCUAAUUCAAUCAUUAAAGUCACAUUUUCCUACAGCGGGUAUAGUUAUGCUUUUGGCGUGGUGGCAGAGUUUACCGGUUCCAAGAGGUUUGACUCUGAGGAGAAAAGAAAUAAGAAGUUGAUCCAUACAUUCUCAAUCCUUGUUCCACUUUCAAUGGUUAUUAUCUUUAUACUUUACAUUCUCAUUUUGACAGCAUAUUACGCAGCCGCAACUCCGGCCGAAAUCAAAGGUUCGGGGAACACGGUUGCCACUUUGUUAUUUCAAAAUGCCUUCCAAAACAAGUCCGCUACUAAAGCACUUGCCGCUAUGGUUGCAUUAUCUGCAUUUGGACAUUUAAUCACUGCAGUUUUAUCACACUCUAGGGCUUUAAGAGAAUGUGGAAGACAGGGUGUUCUACCAUUUCCUAAAUUUUGGACUUCUACAAAGCCUUUUGGCACACCACUAGGUCCAAUUUUUGUUACUUGGUUGGUCAAUUUUAUUAUGAUUGUUGCUCCGCCAGCAGGCUCUGCGUAUAAUUUUAUUGUUGACAUGGGCUCAUAUCAAGGCUAUAUCUUUACACUUGCCCUAAUUAUGGGUUUAUUAAAAAUCAGAAGAGAUCGUAGGUUGAAAGGGUUGGGAAAGCACGGUCAGUUUUUGCCUUUGCCGCUUAUUAUUAUUUUAUUUCUCUUUGAGCUAUUUGUCAUUGCGAUUGCCUUUGUUCCCCCAAAACAUGGAUUAAUUGGCUCUGAUGUCACCUUUUUUUACGCAACUUAUCCUCUUGUAACGAUUGGUCUAAUUGCAUUGUGUGGAAUAUAUUAUGUCAUUUGGAGAUAUGCCUUACCAAAGCUAGGCAACUAUGUCCAUAGAGAAAUUACUUAUCAACUAAAAAAUGGUGAAUUAGGGAACACUAUUGUUAAGGUUCAUUUGAAUGAAUUGGAAGAGUGGGAUAAAGACCACGAAACAGAUCCAAAUGGGGUUUCAACCAAGAUUGUUUUUGAUUAUGAAAAAGAUUCCGAGUCAACUAAAAGCUAA